GGCUGUUCUUAUAUCAAAUCGGGUGAUUUGUGGGACUCAAGAAAAUUUUUGCCGCACAAGAAGUUUCUUUGUGAUCAAUUUUAUCUGAUUCAAAAUGUCUAAGACCAAGUCCGUUUCCAAGAAGGGUGAGAAGCCCGUUGACAAGGCCUUGAGCAAGGUCAAGGAUGCCGGUGUGAGCAAGGCUGCUCAGUCCCCCAAGUCCAAGAGCAAGCAGAUUGCCAAGGCUGUUGUGACCAAGGAGAAGAAGUCUUCCAAGAAGAAGAAGGAGCCUACUCCCUCUGAGUCCUCCGACUCCGAGUCCGACAGCGAUGAGGAGAUGGACUCCGACUCUAGCUCUAGCAGCGAGAGUGAGGAUGAGAAGCCCGCUAAGAAGGAGACCAAGAAGGUUGCUAAGAAGGUCGAGUCCGAGUCCGACUCUGACUCUGACAGCGAUGAGGACAUGAAGGAUGCCUCCAGCAGCGAGAGUGAGAGCGAGAGCGAGGAUGAGAAGCCUGCCAAGAAGGAGACCAAGAAGGUUGCCCAGAAGGAGGAGUCCAGCGACUCUGAGUCUUCCGAGUCUGAGGAUUCUGACUCUGAGUCCGAGUCCGAGAAGGAGGCCCCUAAGAAGGCUGAGAAGAAGGUUGAGUCCGAGUCCGAGUCCGACUCUGACUCUUCCUCCUCUGAGGACGAGGCCCCCAAGAAGGCCACCAAGGAGUCCAGCGACAGCGACAGCGACUCUGACUCCGAGUCUGAGGACGAGAAGAAGGCUGAGAAGGAAUCUUCCGACUCUGACUCUUCCGACUCCGACUCCUCCGACUCUGAGUCUGAGGAGAGCGACGAGUCUCCCAAGGAGUCCAAGAAGCGCAAGGCCGAGGACGAGAGCGCCGCUACCCCCAAGAAGACCAAGGUCGAGGAGCCCGCUGAGGGUGCCUCUGCCAACCUCUUCGUCGGCAACCUGUCCUGGAACGUCGAUGAGGAGUGGCUCCAGCGCGAGUUCGAGGGCUUCGGUGAGCUCUCUGGCUGCCGCAUCAUGACUGAGCGUGAGACUGGCCGCUCUCGCGGUUUCGGUUACGUUGAGUUCACCAACGCUGCUGAUGCUGCUAAGGCCUACGAGGCCAAGAAGGGCGCUGAGAUCGAUGGCCGUACCAUCAACCUCGACUAUGCCACCGGCCGUCCCGCCAACAACCAGGGUGCUCCCCGCGACCGUGCCGAGAACCGUGCCCGCAACUUCGGCGACCAGGCCAGCCCCGAGAGCGACACCCUGUUCAUCGGUAACCUUCCCUUCAGUGCCAGCGAGGACUCCGUUGGUGAGCUCUUCGGCGCUUCGGGUACCAUUGUCGGCAUCCGUCUGCCCACCGACGCCGAGUCUGGCCGGCCCAAGGGCUUCGGUUACGUUCAGUUCUCUUCCGUUGACGAGGCUCGCGCGGCCUACAACGAGCUCAACGGAGCCGAGCUUGAGGGUCGUCCCGUCCGUCUGGACUUCAGCACUCCCCGUCAGAACAACAACGGCGGUGGCCGUGGUGGUGGUCGUGGCGGUUUCGGUGGCCGCGGCGGCGGUGGUGGCUUCGGUGGCCGUGGCGGCGGUGGCCGUGGUGGUGGUCGCGGUGGCCGUGGCGGCUUCGGCGGUCGCGGCGGUGGUGCCGGUGGCUUCAACAAGGGCAAGGGCUCUAUCCCCGAGUACAAGGGAACUAAGGUUACCUUCUAAGUGCUUGCGUAGGUGUAUCUUUGUCAAGCCUUGACCGGGUAUUGUCUGGGCUCUUUUUUUUUU